CCGGCCUGUACUUUGUCCCAGUGAAUCAGCUGCACGGAGGCCGGGCGGCUGCAAAGAGCAGCACCGGGCUGGAAGUGAGGGCCAGGUGAGCUGGUACAUGUGGCACCUGGACUUUGGCAGCGUCCCGGGGGCCCGGAGGCAGUGCUGGGCCAGCUCCCCGGAGCAGCGCUGAAGGAAGGUGGAAGCCGUCCGAGCAGGAAGCUAAAAUACCUACAUAACUGACUCAAAACCCAAGGGAAAUUCAGAGGGGCAGGAAUGGAGCCGUGGGUUCCUCAGUGGCCCCCUCCAUCACGGGGAAGGCCCAGGUCGCCAGCGCAGGACUCAGAGCGAGGACUUCAGAGAGACGGAUACCAUCGGCCUGCUCCACACUCUCGGCACAAUGGAGAGGGGCUCCCCCAAUGGCAAGACGUCCAGGGGAGCCCCCAGCCACAGCAGGACCCCAGGGCAGGUCCCCAGCGGCCCCAGCACGUGCCCAGGCUGGGGGCAUGGCAGCAGCGUGCACCUGCGGUUGACUAUUACGAAGGUGGUCAUCGCGCUCAGUUGUAUUCAAGGCCGAGUUAUGAGAGCCUCUAUCCAGCCCUGACGGAAGACUAUGCUUACGGAAGCCAUUACUACCACGGACACCCGCAGUGGCUGCAGGAAGGAAGAGUGCCAAGGCAAGGGAGUCCUUAUCUGUGGCGCGAAAAUUACCGAGAUCAGAAACACCUCAGCGAACAUCGUCCUGAAAACCAAAGCAGGACGUUCAGAAGAAAUAGUGAAACUCAGUUCCAGCGAUCUAACAGGCAAAACCCUCAUAAAGAUGGCCCUGCCUCCAGCUCUGGGCAGGAGAGGCCCGGAGAGCUGUUUGCAGAGGGUCGGCUCAGCUGGGGCCCGACGAGUCAGCCGUCGCUGGGCAGCAAGUCCAACCUUCUCCAGCUGCGCGAGGCUGGUCUCAGCUCCAGCAGCUACGAGCUCAGUCAGUACAUGGCGGACGCCCCCGAGCUGUACGAUCCUGCGGCUGCAGCAGGCUGGAGGCCAGUCCCAGCCGAGGACAUCCCAGUGGCUGGUCCCAAGGCGCCCAAGAAGUUCUACGUCCCUCAUGUGUCUGUGAGUUUUGGGCCAGGAGGUCAGCUGGUGUGUGUGAGUCCCAGCUCUCCCAUGGAUGGCCAAACCGCCCUUGUUGAAGUGCACAGCAUGGAGGUGAUUCUUAACGAUUCGGAGGAACAAGAGGAGAUGAGAAGUUUCCCGGGACCUCUGAUCAGGGAGGACGUGCACAAAAUAGACGUCAUGACGUUCUGCCAGCAGAAGGCAGCUCAGAGCCGCAAGUCUGGGACGCCGGGCGGCAGAGACUUGGCUCUUCUGUGGCAACUGUUGGUUCUCCUUUGUCGCCAGAAUGGGUCCAUGGCGGGGUCUGACAUCGCUGAGCUGCUGCUGCAAGACUGUAAGAAACUGGAGAAGUACAAGAGGCAGCCCCCUGUGGGCAACCUCAUCAACCUGGCCGAUGAGGACUGGCCGGUGCUGAGCUCCGGGCCGCAGAACCUGCUCACCGGGGAGACCCCUCCCAGUGUGGAGACACCUGCGCAGAUUGUGGAAAAGUUCACUAAGCUGCUCUACUAUGGAAGGAAGAAGGAGGCCCUGGAGUGGGCCAUGAAGAACCACCUGUGGGGCCAUGCUUUGUUCCUAUCCAGCAAGAUGGAGCCAAGGACCUACAAUUGGGUCAUGAGUGGCUUCACCAGCACGCUGGCACUCAACGACCCCCUGCAAACCCUCUUCCAGCUCCUGUCCGGGAGGAUUCCACAAGCAGCCACGUGCUGUGGGGACACACAGUGGGGAGACUGGAGGCCUCACUUGGCUGUCAUUCUGUCGAAUCAGGCUGGGGACCCGGAGCUGCGUCGACGUGUGAUUGUCUCCAUGGGGGACACCCUGGCCGGCAAGGGGCUGGUGGAGGCAGCCCACUUCUGCUACCUCAUGGCUCAGGUGCCCUUCGGACACUACACUGUGAACACAGACCGUCUGGCCUUGCUGGGCAGUAGCCACAGUCAGGAGUUUUCGAGGUUCGCCUCCGCGGAGGCUGUCCAGAGGACGGAGGUCUUGGAGUACUGCCAGACGCUGGGCGGCCGCCCGGGCCUCAUCGCUUCCUUCCAGGUGUAUAAGCUCCUUUAUGCUUCCCGCCUGGCGGACUACGGCCUGGCGUCCCAGGCCUUCCAUUACUGCGAAGCCAUUGGCACGGCCGUCCUGAGCCAGGCAGAGAGCAGCCACCCUGUGCUAUUAGUGGAACUCAUCAAGCUGGCUGAGAGGCUGAAGCUGGUAGACCCGUUGGUUCUCGAGAGGCACGGGGGAGGUGAGGCCUGGGAGCCUGACUGGCUGCAGCGGCUCCGGCGGCGGCACCAGGAGAUGCAGCAAAAGGCAGCUGGAGACGCUGGGGAGCCUCGUUCUGCGAACUUGGAUAUUCCAGGAGCUACAGGAACAACAGAACGCACUUCCUACCAGGAUCUUCCCGGAUCUCAGAGCUACUCAGACGCCCCCGGGUGCGAGCCAGCGCCAUGGCCAACACCUGAGCAGACGGGCCUGCCCCAGCCCUUUGCCCUCCAGCCGGGCCCCACUGCAGGGCAGGCAGGGGCACCUGUGCCUCUUUACUCGGUGCCUGAGACCCACUUCCCGGCCAGCACGGAGGAACCACAGGCUGUCGGAGGACAGGUCUGGGAGGACACGUGGCAGACACACUCAGCCCCUGGAGAGAACACAGCGUCUCCAGAGACCUUCCAGCAGCCUGAGGGUCUAGAGGUCAUUUCCACGCCCCAGGAGCCGCUGUCUCCCAGAGCACAGAGCUUCUCUGAGAGCUGCCCUGGGUCCGUCAAGGAGGCCGACGAGGAGUCCUCUGAAGAGGCAGACGGGAAAUCUGCCCGCACUCCCGCACACACGGGGAAGCCGGCUGAUGCCAAAGGGAGCGCUAAGAGGUCAGGAUUUGGCUGGUUCAGCUGGUUUCGCUCGAAGCCCACCGAGAAUGCCCCCCACUCCGGAGACGAAGACUCAUCUGACAGCCCUGACUCAGAGCAGGAGAACCCCAGAGCAUCUUCUCCCCGGGAGGCUGGCCUGGGCCCCUCACCACCACCCUUCCUUGAGUCCCCGCCCCUGCCAGGGGCCAGCGCUUUCAGCAGGGGCACAGGAAGGGAUGAAGCCCCAGGAGCCGUGUCCUCUCAGGAGACAGCUGCAGGCACUGGGACCGGAGGCUUGUCUGGGCCUGAGAGUGUGUCAUCUGAGCUCUACUCCAACCCCAGUGUUCUGCUUCCUCCGCCUUCCGUGAAAGGGGCUGUUCCUCUCUACAACCCAUCUCAGGUCCCGCAGCUCCCCACGGCUGCUGGCCUCAGUCGGCCAAAUCGCCUGGCUCAGCGCCGCUACCCCACACAGCCCUGCUGAGAAUACUGCCUGUCCCAGGCUCGUCGCCGGGGAGUGUGACAUUGACACAGCUCUGCUUUUCUCAAUCCCCCAGCCCUCCCAGAGGUCUGCACUGGUCUGUCGCCUCUGCUGGGCUCCCAGGAGCCAAGGGGACGGCGUCUCCCUCAACAUGGCUCAGUGCAGUCUCUUGAGAUUCGCUUCAGAGUGGUAGAAAUGAUUUCAUCGGAAGGCGAGGCUGGGCGUGGUAGCGGACAGACAGGAAGCGGUAGAGUGCCAUGGUGGCGGCGUGUGAAGUGGUGGCUGAGAGCCUGAGGAGCAAUGUUGGGGCCCUUAGAGUCCACAGCCAGACUCCGCUGGGCUCUUACGGGUGUGGCAGAGCAGCAGGGGCACAGAACAACAUUCUCGACUCGCUGCUGCUCCUCCUUCAGUCUUCGCUAUAGAUCAGUACAUGGCUCUUGGUCCUGAAGCUUUGUUCCCGGAACUCGGUUGUCUCUGCCCUUCCCCACUGCCUCCUUAGUGACAGCUCAGCCGUUUUCCCCCUGGUCCCGGUUCUGCGCUCAUCCUCCGUGUGGUUCAGAUUAAUUAUAUCUCCUCUCACUUCCUAGCUGGUCCUAUUUUUUUUUCUUUCACAUUCUGGCAUCUGGCUAUCACGUUAGAUUGCUGAAGGCAUCCCAUUGUCAUGGUAACUACUGAACCUAAUGAUGCAGAUGGAUGGAACAUCAGUGUAUUAAAUGAUGGAAGAUGUCUCCUAAAAACUCAUCCCUUCCGGAAGAGGGAAGAAAUGAGUGCCUGAUAUAUUGUUAAUACCUCCCUCCUACCCCAGGCCUCUGCAAAUUGAUGCUUGCGGGUCUUGGGAGCCGGAGGGAGGUGGGGUCAUCUUGGAAAUUUCCAUUUCUCCUUUCAAACCCAAAAUAGGAAUGACUCUUACUGUUUGUCAGAUUUGCUGAAAAUUGCUGCUCACAAAGAACAUUUUUUUUUGGUACUUGUAAUUGUACAUACAGGUUUUUUACUUUGAUGUACUACGGUUCUGAUGUUGAUAGCGAUUAAACCCAGAUAAUUUUAUAGCAAA